GGAUCCUUCACAUCCACCCAUUAACAAGAACAUCAGCCCCUCCAGCUCAUGGCUGCACAGCUGUGUGUCUUAUUCUGUCCGUCUCUGUCGACUGUGUCCUGAUAGCAGAGCUCUUUUUCUCCGGGGUUUCCAUUCAUCCUGCUGCAGCUCGUGUCUUUCUGCACCAGUUUGCUUCUUGUUGUCUCUAACAUGCAGAAGAGAAGGAAGCCGGAGCCGAUCCAACUCAACCCGAUCCCCGAUGGAAACACUAUCAACGGCACCGGAGCCACAGAAACAAAUUUGGAGGCACUGCAGAAGAAAUUAGAAGAGCUUGAGCUGGAUGAGCAGCAGCGGAAACGCCUGGAGGCCUUUCUGACACAGAAGCAGAAGGUGGGAGAGCUGAAGGACGAUGACUUUGAGAAGAUCUGUGAGCUGGGGGCCGGCAACGGCGGAGUCGUCUUCAAGGUCUCCCACAGACCCUCUGGUCUGAUCAUGGCGAGGAAGCUGAUCCACCUGGAGAUCAAACCUGCCAUCAGGAACCAGAUCAUUAGGGAGCUGCAGGUGCUGCACGAGUGUAAUUCCCCCUACAUUGUGGGCUUCUACGGGGCUUUCUACAGCGACGGCGAAAUCAGCAUCUGCAUGGAGCAUAUGGACGGCGGCUCCCUGGACCAGUCGCUGAAGAAGGCUGGCAAGAUCCCGGAGCAGAUCCUUGGCAAAGUCAGCAUCGCUGUCAUUAAAGGACUCGCCUACCUGAGGGAGAAACACAAGAUCAUGCACAGAGAUGUCAAGCCUUCCAACAUCCUCGUGAAUUCCCGCGGUGAAAUCAAGCUGUGCGACUUUGGAGUGAGCGGACAGCUCAUCGACUCCAUGGCCAACUCCUUCGUGGGCACCCGAUCCUACAUGUCGCCAGAGCGUUUACAGGGAACCCAUUACUCUGUUCAGUCGGACAUCUGGAGUAUGGGUCUGUCCCUGGUGGAAAUGGCAAUCGGGCGCUUCCCCAUCCCACCGCCUGAUGCUAAGGAACUGGAAAAGAUUUUUGGCUUCCCAGUAGAAGGGGAGGCAGCCUGCAGCGAGUCCUCCCCACAGCCACAGCCCCCCGGGCGACCAGGCAGCUCAUACGGACCUGACAGACCACCAAUGGCUAUAUUUGAGCUGCUUGAUUACAUAGUCAAUGAGCCUCCACCAAAGCUGCCUGGAAUAUUCGGCUCUGAAUUUCAAGACUUUGUGAACAAAUGUUUGAUAAAGAAUCCUGCAGAGAGAGCAGACCUGAAACAGAUGAUGGUGCAUUCGUUCAUCAAACUGUCUGAAGCAGAGCAGGUGGACUUUGCAGGCUGGUUGUGCAGCACCAUUGGACUCAAUCAGCCGGUGACACCCACCCACAGUACAGCAAUGUGAGGCAAUGUUUACAACAAAUCCCACGGUCCUCUGAUGAAUGGGUUGUUAUGAGUCAAGUAUGUGUUUAUACUGAUCAAUAAAUAGGUUUAAAAGUUGUGCAAUCAAUAGUUGUAUAUUCAGUGUACAAACCUACACGCCAAGUGAAAUUAUCUGUAUUGAACUCUUUGGCCUACAUUGCAGGGCUGCCUGAAAAGCCAUCUUUUUCUAAUGCUCAAAUACUUUUAUCAUGACAAAUGCUGCUCAACCUGUGUGCUUGAUAUUCCCCUUUGCCUUUUGUCCUUUAGCGCCAACAGAUGUAAGUCUUUGUUAGCUUGUGUGAAAUAAAUAGUCUUGUGAAUCAAACGUUUGAAAAUAAUAUUUUAUUAAAUAAAAGUACACAACAAUCUUUUUUUUUUAAAUUUUUUUUUUUUUAAAUCACUCAACUCUUGUCGACAAAGGUAGAGAUUUAUGCUUUUGUGUUUCAGCAACUAAGUUUUGCUUCCAGCUUGAAUCUUUUACCACAGGGUCAUUCUUGAGGGCGUCAUGGCGUCUUGUUUGAGCAUUGUCCUCAAGUUCUUCUUCAGGACUCUGCAUCUGAUCUUCUUGCUGCAAUGACAAAAUAACCAAGUCUUAAAAUUGGGAACUUCCGCUUAACUACAAAUUCAUCAUUGGCUUUAUGCGUUGCUCAGGACUUCCAUAUAAUCAGGAUUCAGAAACACGGACCUGAAGUAGGAACAUCAUCAUAGUUGACAAGCAGAAAAUUAAUGUUCAAGUUAAGACUGCAGUGCUUACAUUGGUGUACGAAGAGCCUUCUGAUCUCCUUACUCUUCAGAAUCCUGCUCAGGUCGGUGUUGGUCAUCUUGUACAUGGGCAGGCUGAAAGAAACACGGCAUUAUGAAUUUAAUUCAUCAUGUUGAAAAUGAUGGAAACAGUCAAUUGCCAAGCCUUUUGACGCUCAGAACUUCUUUAAAUAUCACAGAAUUUCAAAAACACGGACCAUGAAGUGGAAGCUCAUCACUGAUGUGAUCGACAUGUUUUACUUGUGUAACAGAGAGAUGUUAACACUCACUUGUAACCAUUCUUCAGGGUAGCAGGUUUACACCAGGUGCCGUACAGCUCAUCCAUGCAGAAGAGUCCAACAUGACCACCAGGAGCAAGCUUCGGGUUAGGUUUGUUCUGCAGUGAUGCUUUCAUGGCAGGACAGUCAAUACACACAGGUUAAAUGAAGGUAUUAAGGACUAUAAAGAUAAUGUUCAGAUAUCAUUUACAUAACAGUGAUAACUUCUACAUUUGAACAAAUAAAUCACCUGAGAAAUUGCAGAAGACUUGAGACAGCGGCGACUUGGUUGGAGAUGGUCCUCUGCCGGAGACUCCCCAUCUUACCUUUACCAGCACUAAAGGGAUAGUUCACAAUGCAGUCACCAAAAUAAGAGCAGGUGGACUUUGCCAGCUGGUUGUGCAGUACCACUGGAAUCAGUCAGGCGGUGACACCCACUUCACAGCAACGUGAGGCCGUUUGUGUUUACAAGUCCCACAACAAGGUCCUCUGAUGAAUGGGGUGUUAUGGGUAACACGUUUACACUGAUCACUAAAUGGGUUUAAAAGUUGUGCAAUCAAGGUUCUAUAUUCAACGUACAAACCUAAAUACCAAGUGAAAUAUCUAUGUAUUAAACAAGUCUUCGGCCUACAUUGAAGGACUGCCUGAAAAGUAUUUUUCUAAUGCUCAAAUGCUGCUCAACCCGUGUGCUUGAUAUUCCUCUUUGCCUUUAGCUACAGAUUUAAGUCUUUGUUAGCUUACGUGAAAUAAAUGGUCUUGUGAAUCAAACGUUU